AGGUGAGAGCAGCCAGGGAUCUUCUAGAAGUGAAGGUACACUGUGGAAUCCCCAACAAUACAGUCUUAGAAGAAUCGGACAGAGGAGAAAAGAGGAAGAGGCAGAAACGAGUGGUGGGAGGAGUGCCGGCACAACCGACUCAGAUCCAAUGGCAGGUGGCGAUACAGGGGAGUCAUAUCGACUGUGGUGGGGCAUAUAUCGGGGGAUGCUGGGUGCUGACCGCCGCUCACUGUGUCAGGCCCAAACCAGAGGUGUACUGGAUCAAGUUCAGUCUCUGGAAGAAGAGAUCAAUUCAGGGAACAACAGAUAUCGUUCCUGUCAAGAACAUCAUCAUACACCACAAGUACAAUGCUAACACGUAUGAGAAUGACAUAGCCCUGAUAGAGAUGGAGAAGCUUCCAUUCAAGUCCCAAUGUUUUGAAGAGAACCCAGCAGUCAGUGCUGUGUGUGUUCCCUGGUCCGUACAACUGUUCAACCCCAACCAUACCUGCAGCAUAUCAGGCUGGGGGAGGAAGAAAGAUGGUUCGUCAUCUGAUGUGCUGCUCUGGGCCAACGUCUCUCUGAUCGCCAACUGUCAGGGAUUCUACGGCCCGCGUUACUUCGACGGAAUGAUGUGCGCAGGUGAUCUGGAGGGCCACGUGGACUCGUGUCAGGGUGAUUCUGGAGGUCCUCUGGUGUGCCAGGACUCUCUAGGUGUUUCCUACCUCUGGGGUAUAGUCUCCUGGGGGGAGAAGUGUGGGCAGGCCAAGUUCCCUGGAGUGUACACUAAAGUGGCACACUACUUCGACUGGAUCCGCACUCACACUGGCUGGGCUGCUGUCACUAAAUACAACCUGUAAUAUCACCCCACCUGGUGUCCCAGGUCUAAAUCAGGCCCUGAUCUGGGCUGCUGUCACUAAAUACAACCUGUGACGUUGAUAUAGACCAGGGGGUAUUUUCAAAUGUUACCGUUUGAUCUCUGGUCUACUGCUGCUUUUCUGUUGUACCUGAUCAUUAAUACCAUCCCACCUGGUGUCCCAGGUCUAAAUCAGGCCCUGAUCAUUAAUACCAUCCCACCUGGAGUCCCAGGUCUAAAUCAGGCCCUGAUCAUUAAUACCAUCCCACCUGGAGUCCCAGGUCUAAAUCAGGCCCUGAUCAUUAAUACCAUCCCACCUGGAGUCCCAGGUCUAAAUCAGGCCCUGAUCAUUAAUACCAUCCCACCUGGAGUCCCAGGUCUAAAUCAGGCCCUGAUCAUUAAUACCAUCCCACCUGGAGUCCCAGGUCUAAAUCAGGCCCUGAUCAUUAAUACCAUCCCACCUGGAGUCCCAGGUCUAAAUCAGGCCCUGAUCAUUAAUACCAUCCCACCUGGAGUCCCAGGUCUAAAUCAGGCCCUGAUUAGAAGGGAACAAUGGGAAAAAGCAGUUGAACUGGCUUCCAGUCCAGAUUUGAAUUUGAGCGAUAUAGCCUAUUCAUACAUAAUAAAUCGUUAUUACAAUGUUAUACUUUGUUUAUGCUGGAUGAUGUCAAUAAAGAACUUGAGAACCCA